AUGGUAAUAUUGGAAACAUUUCCAGAAUAUCAUGAAUUGAGACGAAAUUUUGAACGUGUAUCAAAACAAAAUGAAGCUUGGGCAGAAGAUUAUAGAACAUUAACGCUAAGAAUGAAAGAGCUUCAACAAACUUCAUUUCCUCGACCAAGUGUUGAUGGACGUUUAUUUCUUGAGCAAUUGUUACAAUCAUUAAAGAACAGUGAAACAGAUGAAGACAGGCGAACAAAUGCUGAAUUAGCUGUUACUUUUGGUUUAUCAGAAGUGACAUUAAUGUCAUUAUCAAAUAUUGAUCCACAAAAGACAUUAUUACGUGUAUUUAAUGCUUUAUUUCCUACCAAUAGUCCGACAAAAUCCAACUCUUCACUUCCACGUAGUGUCGGAUGUAAACGUCAACUCUGACGGCUAAGAUGGGCUCUGGUAAGGCUCUCAGGGCUAGUCACCCG